GCCGGGCGAGCUCGCUGCGCCGAUCGCCACGUUGCCCGUCCGAGGAUGUGCAGUUUCGGGCCGUAACUCGUGUUUGCACGCCUGCGAUCGCUGCUCGGAGAGGGGCGUGUGCGCAAAGUUGAACCGAGGCAGGUUUUGCGGCGCGCAGGUUUUUCGCGGUGCACUUUGCGGGUGUGCGGGUGCGAGGCAGAGUCGUUCCGCCCGCUCCCUUUUCCCGCUGUCCAAAAAGAAAGCGGCUAGAGGAGAAAGCCCUCGCCCUACCGCUCCUCCGCGGCGGCGCGGCGGUCCGUGAACCCAGCAGUUUUCGCUCCCUCCCUCCUCCCUCCCCGGCGCCGCCGGCCUGUGCAGAGCCUCCGCGCAGAGCCGAGGGGGGAGGCGGCCGCUGUUCCUGGAAGAGCCCGGCCUGGGGAGUUGGUCACAUUCUUGGCUGGGAUUCAAUGACUGAGGCAGACACCAACAAACAGAGGGGGGGAGGAGGAGGAGGAGUGAGGGAGGCUGAGCCAGCCUGCAUUAGCUCAGCUCUCAGGCACUCUCAGUCUCUGCUGGAAAGAGGAGCUGGGAGGAUGUGCGCUCUGUUACCGCGGCUCCCCACGGCACGCCGAGAAGACCAAGAGGAAUAAGGAAAGAAAAGCGAACCGAGCGACCUCCCAGAUCAAGCUGAGGGACCACGAGGGGGAAGGGAGCCUGCUUAUCGCCCGGCCGAAGCCCCCCGCGCCGUUUUGGAAGUGCCAGAGAUUUGGGCCUUUUCUUCUGCGUUGUUCCCUUCCACAGACCAAGCUUUCUUCCUCCUCCUCCUGCUUUUUUACUUUCCUCCCCCGCGCCUUCCUUUCGUUGGAUAUGGACAGCAGGGUGAUUACUGCAGAGAAGCAGCAGCCGCCAGAACAUAUUUGAGCCGCGGGUGCUCGGAGCGUGGCACAGACUUUGUGUGUUUCCGUGGGUGGCGUGUGUGUGAGUGUGAGUGCGGGGAGUGAGUGUGGUGGAGGUGUGGGAGGCGGGAUUGGUUUGCCUGGGGGGUUGGCUGAGGGGGUGAGUGCUCGGAUGAAGACCUCUUUUUGCCGUGACUCUCUGCUCCAUCGGGGCAGCUUGGAGACUUGGAGGGUGUGAGAUUGUAAGGAACGAAAAGGAAGAAGAGAGAGACACGCAUACAAAAGGAUUUAUUUCCUAUUCGCUAGUGGAUUGUUAAACCUGAGUGGGAAGGAGGAAAAAAAACAAACCAACGACCAAGGGUGGGUUGUUUUAUUUUGUUGGUAUUUUUUUUCUUAAAAGAAAAAAAAAAAUCCCUUAAGUGGAUUUGUACCAGGGUGGAAGAUAACUGGGGAUUUUUGUUGUUUGUUUUGGGAAUAGAAACUAAAAAAUGGAGACUGUAAGUAGAAGCAGCUUCCAGCCUCAUCCAGGACUGCAGAAGACCUUGGAACAGUUUCAUCUGAGCUCUAUGAGCUCCCUGGGUGGCCCCGCUGCUUUCUCAGCACGAUGGGCACAGGAGAUGUACAAGAAAGACAAUGGCAAAGACCCAGCAGAACCUGUACUGCAUCUGCCCCCUAUCCAGCCUCCUCCGGUGAUGCCUGGUCCCUUCUUCAUGCCCUCGGACAGAUCCACUGAGAGGUGCGAGACCAUCCUGGAAGGAGAAACCAUCUCCUGCUUCGUGGUGGGUGGAGAAAAGCGGCUUUGCUUGCCCCAGAUCCUGAACUCGGUGCUCAGGGACUUCUCCCUGCAGCAGAUUAAUUCGGUGUGUGAUGAGCUACAUAUUUACUGCUCCAGAUGCACUGCUGACCAGCUGGAAAUCCUCAAAGUCAUGGGCAUCCUGCCCUUCUCCGCUCCUUCCUGCGGGCUCAUCACUAAAACUGAUGCAGAGAGGCUUUGUAACGCCUUGCUUUAUGGUGGCACCUAUCCUCCCCACUGCAAGAAGGAAUUCUCUAGCACGAUUGAGCUGGAGCUCACAGAGAAGAGCUUCAAAGUGUAUCAUGAGUGCUUUGGGAAGUGUAAGGGACUCUUGGUGCCAGAGCUUUACAGUAACCCCAGCGCAGCCUGCAUCCAGUGCUUGGACUGCAGGCUUAUGUACCCACCUCACAAAUUCGUGGUCCACUCUCACAAAUCGCUGGAAAACAGGACUUGCCACUGGGGCUUUGACUCUGCAAACUGGAGAUCCUAUAUCCUCCUCAGCCAGGAUUACACUGGGAAAGAGGAGAAAGCUAGACUGGGCCAGCUCUUAGAUGAAAUGAAAGAAAAAUUUGACUAUAACAACAAAUACAAGAGGAAAGCCCCCAGGGUCUCCUCAGAUCCUCCUGCUUCCAAAAAGCCCAAAAUAGAUGACUCUGCUUCCCAAUCUCCAGCUUCUUCUGAGAAGGAGAAACAGUCCAGUUGGUUACGGUCCUUAUCCAGUUCAUCUAACAAGAGCAUUGGCUGCGUCCAUCCCCGCCAGCGUCUCUCUGCUUUCCGGCCCUGGUCCCCCGCGGUGUCGGCAAACGAGAAGGAGCUCUCCACCCAUCUGCCCGCCUUGAUCCGAGACAGCAGCUUUUACUCCUACAAAAGCUUUGAGAAUGCCGUGGCCCCCAACGUGGCACUUGCACCUCCAGCCCAACAGAAGAUUGUGAGCAACCCACCCUGUGCCACGGUGGUGUCACGGAGCAGCGAGCCCCCGAGCAGCACUGUCCAGCCACGGAAGAGGAAGCUGGCUGCAGAGAACACGACUGCCCCAGAGGCAGCAGCCACUGCUGCAGCCACCGUCACUGCCCCUGAAGAGGACAAGGAAUCAGAAGCAGAAAUUGAAGUAGAAACCAGGGAAGAAUUCACCUCCUCCUUAUCCUCGCUCUCCUCCCCAUCAUUUACUUCAUCCAGCUCAGCAAAGGACAUGAGCUCACCUGGGAUGCAAGCCCCAGUCACACUCAACAGUUCUUAUGAGGUUGCAACACAUUCUGACUCUCACAGCAGCGGGUUGGAAGCUGAGCUGGAGCACCUAAGGCAGGCCCUGGACAGUGGCCUAGAUACUAAAGAAGCCAAAGAAAAAUUCCUCCAUGAAGUUGUGAAGAUGAGAGUGAAGCAGGAAGAGAAGCUGAACGCUGCCUUGCAAGCCAAACGCAGCCUACAUCAGGAGCUGGAGUUCCUACGCGUGGCUAAAAAGGAGAAGCUGAGGGAAGCAACAGAGGCAAAGCGCAACCUGAGGAAAGAGAUCGAGCGCCUGAGGGCCGAGAACGAGAAGAAGAUGAAGGAGGCCAACGAGUCCCGAGUGCGGCUGAAGAGGGAGCUGGAGCAGGCCAGGCAGAUCCGGGUGUGCGACAAGGGCUGCGAAGCCGGCAGGCUCCGGGCCAAGUACUCAGCCCAGAUUGAGGACCUCCAGGUUAAGCUUCAGCACGCAGAGGCUGACAGGGAGCAGCUCCGGGCUGACCUGAUGCAUGAAAGGGAAGCUCGAGAACACUUGGAAAAAGUAGUCAAGGAACUUCAGGAACAACUGUGGCCUAAAUCCAGCAGUCAGCCCAGCAGCGAGACCACGACGAGCAGCCUGGAGAACUGA